AUGAGUGACGUCGAGUUAGUGAAGAAGAUGCUGCGAGCUGUUCUUCAGAGCAGUAAGCAUGGCGUGGCCAUGGCUCAUCUGCAGGGAGAUUAUCGUGCUCUGACUGGAGAGGUGAUUCCUCACAGGAAGCUUGGGCAUGCCACUCUGGAGAGUUUUCUGCGCAGCAUUCCCGGAGUGGUGCGGCUGGAACGCUCCAGUACUGGAGAGGUCAUGUGUUUUGCUGGCGUGUGUGAAGAGACGGCACACAUCGCACAGCUGGUCGCCCGGCAGAAGACUUCAAAGAAGAGUGGCUGCUCUCAAUUAAUGAAUUUCCACAUGAGAACGAAGUCUUCCUCUCUGUUUUCACCUUAUGUCAAACCUCGAGUGUCUUUGCGGCAGCCGGGUCACACAGCUCGAGGCUCUGCAGCCAAACCUAGUUUUCACCCUAACCAGCGGCAGGUUUACAGUACUGAUGUGCCUUCCACCAGAGUUCCUUCUCGCCAGCUAAGUCGAAAAUCAGCUGGGUCAGAAUCAUCUGUGCCCAGCAGGUUCCAUAAAGAUAUAAAGACUCAGCCAGUUAAGAACAAUCAGACGCCAGCUCAGAAUAAGCCUGUCAACCGUGCUAAUGUUGAGCUGGUUCAGAGUCGCAUAAAACAGCUUUUGCAGAAGUACUGCAGUGGAGUGUGGCUGUCGAAGAUCCCUCAGCUCUACAGAGAGAUGUUCAAGGAAGAGCUUCAUAUGCACAAAGAAGUGGAGACCUGGACACACAUCUGCACUGUUGAAAAGCCAGGCAACAAUAACAUAGUGGACCGACUUGUAUAUCCUGUCUCAGAGCCCUCCCCAAAACCCAGCACUGUGCCUGCUGUAGCUCCCAGCAAGCUGUCUCCAAACUCUGCUACUCUUAAACCACCAUCACCUGUUCAGCAAACUACCCGCAUUCUCAGUGCUCUUGCCAUUAACAUUCCUCCUCCAGCCCAGAAAUCUCAGGCACCCUUAAGCCCAAUGUCGCCCGACUCCAGCGCGCCUCACUUUCCAGUCCCUGAAACGCCCAAACCUCCCACCCACUCACUCAUCACCCCUCCCUCCACCCCACCAUCUCACCAGCCUCUGAAUCCAGAGAUCAAGGAGAAACUACGGCAGCUGCUUAAUAAAUACAGCCAGGGGCUGUGGGCUCAUGCACUUCCACAGCUUUUCCAGGAGGCCUUUGGGUGUGAGUUUCCUCAGUACAUGUUGGAGGAUCUAUCUCUGUUGGCAGAUACAUGUCUGGUUGAAUACCCCAUGCCAGACAUUCGAAAGAGAGCCAUCCUAUACACACUACCAUCUCAUGUCCAGACACAGCCCCGCCCAAGGCCACGCCCACUGCUUAUAACCUGCUCCAGCAACCAACAUGUGCCGCCUCUGAGUAUCCCAAUGACAGAGUUUAAGUCUGUGUUGGUGAUGGAGAUUGGCAACACCAACAACGUUGUUCUCAGGUUUGUGGGGGAGGGCUACUCUAAAGCACUGGAGGAGAUGGAGGAGGCCAUGCUACAGUUUUAUAAUACAGCCGGGGCAGGACUUUGUCUCCUCUCCCCGAGAAUAGGACAACUGCUGGCAGUUGCUAUAGAAGAUGAUGCAGUACUAAGAGCUCAGAUCCACCAGGUCACAGAAGAUAAUGUGAAGGUGUACUUUGUGGAUCAUGGGUUUUCUGAGGUGGUCAGCAGGAAGAAGCUCCUGCAGCUGAGAGACCAGUUCCUCACUCUUCCCUUCCAGGCAACCACUUGCCAACUUGCAGGUCUGGAGCAGUUCAGUACAGAUGCGGUCGUUCUGAAGACUCUGGAUUCAUUAGCUGUUGGUCGCACACUAUUGGCUGAGAUUGUGGAGCGAGAGGACACACCCCUUAUUGUGCUGUAUGACACUUCUCAAAAUGAUGAUGUCAAUGUGAACACUGUUUGUUUGAAAGCCCUGCAGGAUAAGUCCAUGGAGAAUCCUCUACAGGUGAACAGCGUGUACACAAACGUUUGUGUCACAAAUGUGUGCUCUGAUGGCAGUAUUUAUUGUCAGUUGCCUUCUCGAGGCCAGGCCAAGCUCAAGGACAUCUUGGACAAAAUUGAGGCACAUUUCAUCUCUCAGUUAACAUGGGAAUUGUUGGUGUCCAAGCCGUUCUGUGGGAAAGUGUGUCUAGCGAAAUACAAAGGCAAAUGGGCGAGAGCAGAGAUCACUAACCUUCAUGGUAGUCAAGUGCUGGACAUCCUGUUUUUGGAUUUGGGAAUACCUGCUUCUCUGGAGGUUAGUGAGCUUAGAGAGAUCCCACCGAUCUACUUCCGAGAGCUCAUCACCAUACCACCACAGGCUAUCAAGUGUCACCUGGCAGAUCUGAAUGCAGAUGGGGGUGUUUGGCCUCCUGAAGCUGUCCUGUGGUUGAGAGAGACAGUUCUCAACAAAGCCCCCAGAUGCAUGAAGAUAGUAAAGCUUGAUAAAACCAGGACUGUGCAUGUCUACCUGUUCAAUGAGAAUGGAGUUCAUGACCCUCAGAGCAGUGUUAACCGUCAGCUUGCCUCCUGCCCAUUCUGGCAUCGGGAUAUCUACCUCAGCAGGAUCACCAGGGUUUCCGAACCUUUCGUGUCUGAGACAGAAGAUACUCCCUAUUCACCUUCCACACAGAAUUCUAAUGGCCUCACACUGCCGCCUCAGCUGGAGUUACCCAAGAUGGGGCAAAAUAUGGAUGUGUUUGUGUCGGUUGCAUGCCACCCUGGGCACUUUGUGUUACAGCCAUGGCAGGAUCUCUACAAGCUGGUGGUGUUGAUGGGAGAGAUGAUCCUGUACUACAACAAGCAGGAAGUCACCCACAUCGAAAUACAGAAGAACAGGGUCUACGCUGCCAAGAUUGACAACAAUUGGCAUCGGGUUUUGGUAAAGGGGGUCCUGACUAAUGGUUUAGUCUCGGUGUACGAGUUGGAUUAUGGGAAGUAUGAGUUGAUCAGCUAUUCUCGGCUCCAAACCCUCAUAGACGAGUUCAGGCAGCUGCCGUUCCAGGGCAUAUCUGCUCAGCUGGCUGGUGUAAAGAAUGGGGUCUGGUGUGAGGAAGCUUCUAUGGUGUUCCGUAACCAUGUGGAGAAGAAGCCGCUAGUGGCCCAGAUCGAGUCCAUUGAGGAGGGGGAGUGGCCCUGGGAGCGCAAAAUCUCAGUCUACCUUGUGGACACCACACAGGAUGACAAUGACAUCUGGAUUCACAACAUCAUGGUGGAGUUUUUAGAUGAGCUCAGCAGAACUGCUUGAGACCAUGAAAACUACGCUUUUCCAUAGCCAUGCUGAAAGCCUCUAAAAAGCCCAAAUAAAUCUACAAUCAUCGAAUUUGCAGUGCUCUGCUCGAGAAUUGAUGCCUUACUUUAAACUCCAUCUGUGGAAUGUGUGCACAACCAGUGGAGAAUUGAAGAUUGUAGAUUUCUAGGGCACUGUCUUUAUACACCGAUUUAGCAUGGGCUUAUUUUGUUCAAGAAUAUUCAGUUAUCUUUCUGAGUGCCAUGGGAGUAGAUUUUGUUUCUGUUUGCUGUUGAACAAUAUUGUGCCAUUCUCGAAUUAACUCCUGACAUUUUUACCUGAGCAACUUUUCUGCAUCUUUACAAUAGGGCCAUAUGUCUAAGUAAUUUGAUUUGUUUGUGAUGUUUAUUUGCUUUGUGUGUGACACUAUUAUUUUGUAUGGUCUAUACUUCUUGAUUUUGCACUUUGGUCUGUUUUGAUCAUUUACUGUGUUUUCCAUUAAGGAAAUUGGCCUAAUUGUAAAAGAACAUUUGUGUUUAGAUGUUAAGGUUUGUUUUAUUUCCAAGUUAAGAUUUGGUUCAGAACAU